AUGAAUAAAAAAAAAAAAAAAAAAAAAAGAAAAUUCACAAUACUAAAUAUAGUUUUAAAAUCAAACAAUAAUGCAUACCAAAUUUCUUCACUUGAUUUUCAAUGUUUUUCUAAGAUUUCACAAGUUACUAUUUCAAAUUCAAAUAUUUCAUCAUCUUUUUUAAGAGGAAAUACAACCAUUGAAUUCAUUUCUUUUUCUAAUAAUACCAUCGAAUAUAAUGAAUUAUUUUCAUCACAAAUUAAUACAAAAUUAAAAAAUGUUUUUAUUACUAAUAUACCACCACCAAAUUCUCAAAUUAAUAUUAAUUUUUCAAUAAUUGCUUCCUUAUCAAAUUUACAAUUUCAAUUGAAUACUUGGGGUGAGAAUAGAACUUCAGAUUUUACCCAAUUUAGUUUAAUUCCAAAUGAUAAUUUUAUAUAUACAAUAUUCUUUAAUGGAGCUUUGAUUUCACCAUCUAUUGUUGAUUUAAGAAAUUUAACUAUAUUAAAUUAUAUUGAUUUAAGAAAUGUUAUUUUAGAUUUUAAUUAUCAAGGUAAAAUUCCUCUUAUUCUUCCUCAAAGUGUUACUAGUCUUGGUAUUAGUGGAAGUUCUUUUUCUAGUGUUAAUGAAUUUAUAGGAAAUUAUCCAAGAAUUUCAACGAUUGCAAUUUCUUUUAAUCAAAUUCCAGAUAAUUUUACAGAAUGGAGAAAUAGAGGUUAUGCAUCAUUUGAUGUAAAUAAUAAUAAACUUCAAGGAACUAUUGAUUCGUCAUGGUGUACUACUGUUUUAAAGAUUGGUGAUAAUCAAUUAUCAGGUAAAUUACCUUCUUGUUAUACUUGUCAUUUAUUAAGUGAUUAUGUUAAAUUUAUGAUUAUUGGUGGUAAAAAUUCAUUUACAAAUGUAGAUCCAAUACCAGAAUGUACAACUUUAAUACCAAACCUUAGAUAUAAUUCCUCAACAAAAGAACUCACUCUAUAUGGUGAUGAUUUAGGUUUUUAUACUGAAAAUGUUAUAGUACCAGGUUUUGAUUAUUCAUUUUCUCCAAAGAUUCAAUCGAAAUUAUUUGUAGCUAGUAAUGUAAUUCAAUAUGAUUUACCCCAGAUUUUAAAUUUUAAAUUUCCAGGAGCAAAUAAAACAUUUACAUUAUCAACAAUUCAAAAACCACCCAUUAUAAAUACAGUAAUAGCAACGGUUCAAUCCUAUUCUGUUAUUUUAGAAGGAUCAUUUUUCAACUAUAAUAUAUCAUCAAUUGAAAUCUUUAUUGGUGAUGUUCAAUGUUCAAUAGUGUCUGCAACAUUUUAUAAAGUUGAAUGUUUAACAUUUGAAACAUAUGAGAAAAAUAUAAUUGGAAAAGUUUCAAUUAAUAUUAAAGAUUAUUACUAUAGCAAUUUAACAAUAUUAGAAACAUCUGUAAUUGCAUAUUUAAAUCAAACUACACAAAUUAAAAAUUGUCAAUUAGAUUGUAUCUCACUUGGUGGUUUUUGUAAUACAUUAAUUGGUCAAUGUAAUAUUGAUUGUCCAAAUAAUUGUACUGGUUCAUUAUCAGGUACUUGUGAAAGAUCAACAGGAGUUUGUAUUUGUAAUAUUGGUUAUCAAGGUAUUGAUUGUUCAGUACCAAUUCAUUCUUGUCCCUCAAAUUGUAAUGCUCAAUCCAAUCAAGGUACAUGUAAUUAUCAAAAUGGUAUUUGUCAAUGUUCUCCAAAUUAUCAAGGUUUAGAUUGUUCAUUACCAUUUAAAGUUUGUACAUCAGAUUGUAGUUCACCAUUAAAUCAAGGUUCAUGUAAUAAUCAAACUGGUAUUUGUCAAUGUAUACCAAAUUAUCAAGGUUCAAAUUGUAAUAUUCCAUCACAUUAUAUUACAUCAGUUAUUCCAUGUUCAAUUGAUGGUGGUGAAGUUUUAAUUAAUGGUUGGUUUGGUAAUAAUAAUGAUGGUACAAAUUUACUAUCAUCAUAUAAUAUUGUUAUAGGUAGUUUAGAUUGUAUUGUUACAUCAAUUAAUGAAACAGAAAUUAAAUGUAAUCUUGGAGCAGGUACAGGUACAAAAAAUAUUAAAAUUAUAAAUUCAAUUAAUCCAAAUGUAAUUUUCAAUGGUAAUGGAUUAUUUAAUUAUCAAAAUCCAAUUAAAACUUGUCCAAAUAGUUGUACAAGUUUAAAUAAUGGUAAAUGUAAUUCAAAUACAGGUGAAUGUCAAUGUAGUGAUAAAUUUAGUGGUUUCGAUUGUAGUACUCCAAUUACAAUCAUUGAAAGUGCACCACCAACAAAUACAUCAAUCAAUAAAGAUACAGGAGGUAUAGAACUUACCAAUCAAGAUACAAUCUAUGAAAUUUCAAUUAUAUCAUUAAAUGAAAUUUCAAUUGAUGGUUCAAUUAUAAAAUCACAUCAAUUAAAAGGUAAUUGGUCAAGUGAUAAUACAACAAUAACACCAGAUUCAAAUUAUUUCAAAUUUUCACAAAAACUAAUUAAUAAUACAUGUAAAAUUACAUUCACUAUUGAAGAGAUUAAAUUAAGAGAUAAGAGUUUUACAUUUGGAACAACAACGUUUAAAGUUGAAAAAGAUUCAAUAAAAUUAUCAGUUUUAAUUCAAGAUUAUCAAUAUCAAAGUUCAUUAAAUACAUUACAAUUAAUAUUUUAUUCAGCGGUUGGAGAUGAUACAAAUUCAAAUUCAAAUAAUGAUUGUAAUAAACAAGAUACAUCAAUUGAUACAUCAAAUGCAAAUAAUCAACAAAUUUCAAAUUAUAUUCAAAUUUCUAAAAAUUCAAAAACAUUAGUCGGUCGUUUCAUUAAUCAAGUAAUUGCAGAUUCAAGAUCAACUUUUAUGUCAAGUACAAUUAUUAAAGAUAAUAAUAAAUCAUCUUCAUCAUCAUCAUCAUCAUCAGUUAUGUUGGGACUAAAUCUACCACAUUGCAAAGAAUGUUUAAUUGAUCCAGACUUUUCUGUAUUAGUAAGUCCAGAUUUUAAAGAAUCAUGCAAUGAAUCAACAAAUAAAAACAAAUGGUUAAUACCUGUCGUUGUCGUUGUACCUGUAGUAGGUUGUGCUGUAAUUGCUACUAUAUCUAUACUAAUGUAUAGAAAGAAUAGAUAUAGAAUACAGCUUCUCAAACUAAGAACUUUUAAAAAAUAA